AUGUCUAAAAGAAUUCAAAAGAUUCUUGCCAGGUAUGAAAAGGAAAAGGAGGAACUGAAUCAAGAGCCUUCUAAUACUCAAAAAAGAGAUCAUCCCAAAGAAAUGCUCCAAUUCAGGCAAAACUUUGAAAAGGAAUUAGGAAAAUGCAACAUUAGCCAGAGGAAGAAGAUGUUUAUCUGCCUGAAGGGAGACCAAAAACUCCGUGUUUUCGCAUACCCAUCAAAAUACGCCAUAAUAGAAAAGAACGCGCCUUUAGAGACAAUGACCAUUAGCAAAGAGAAGGCCUCCGAUUUUCGACAAACUAGCCAAGUAGCACUAGUCACCGUUGGUCCAAAGGGGACUCAGAAAUUCAUGUGCUCUAAGGAGGGUUACAUGGACGUGGCCAAUUACUUUAUCUGCUCUCCGUGUCCUAUGGGAAUUAGGAUGCAACAAAUUGCCUCCUGGUAUACCGUUAGGACGGUUAACAGAACCACUAAAGAUACCCCACAGGAAGAAGGCUGUGCGAAGGAAUAUCAAAGAAAGGAUAUUUUCGGAGAUAUUUCUGAUGUGUCGUCCUCAGACGAAACGGUGAAGAGUUUGCCUAAGAAGAAGAAGAAGAAGCAGGAAAAGAGUGCCCUUUUAGAAAGCAGUUCUACCUCUUCCUCUAAAUCAUCGUCAUCCAGUUUUACGAUAUCAAAAAUUAUAAAUCAAUGUUUGGAUACCAUCUACGGCGACGCUCCCAUUGAAGUUUCUUCUGACGAAUCGGAUAAGCCAAAAGAAAAACUUUACGCGAGGAAAAGAAAGCCAUCACCAAUUGAUUUCUUUACUUUAAGGAAAAGGGUUAGGAAAUCGAGUGAGAAAACAACAGAUUCCAGUAAAAGACCAUCUUUGAUGCCGUUAUGCUCAAUUACAAACAUAAAGAAGGAGAACGAAUCGAUUGAAGGUGCAAGUACCAGUAAGGUUGCUUGCUUAGAAGGAAGUAAGCGCAAAUCUUUGACUCCGAUAUGCUCAAAUGAAGGAAAUAAAAUGAAAGUGAGCAAAUCGACUGAAAAAGCAUUGCCUCCAUCAGAAACUAAGGGAUUCAGGCCAUCGAUUAAAUUAAAACCAAUCACCACUAAGAGUAAUGCCUUAGAAAGAUGUUUGGCCAGUUUCAUGACUCCUAUAUGCCCAGAUGAAGAAAAUCCCAAUAAAAAGGAAAAAUCAAACGAAGACUCGAAUACUACUCCAUCGCCUAAAAGAGAUAGUCCAGGAGAUCCUCUUAAAGAACAGAACUAG